GAAGAGCUGUCCUUCAUGAUUCUGGUGACUCGGGUUGUGGUCCGGCACACGUCGGCUUUGGGUGUGGUUCGAGAGGCGAGCUCGGACCCCGGAGCGCACAGGGUGGGCGGUGACAGCCUGGGCAGGACCCGUCCCUAUCAGACCCGGGUGGCCGGGGCCGAAGGAGCCGGAAGGAGUUACCCUCAGUCGCCUGGGGCCAGCAGGACGGUUCUCAGAGGGCGGAUGAAGGCUGCAGCGGCACAGACCUUCGGCCUGCUCGAUCCCAAACUCUGCUACCUGUUGGAUGGGAUCCUCUUCAUCUAUGGCGUCGUUAUCACUGCUCUGUUCCUGAGAGCGAAGUUCAGCGGGAGCGCGGACGUCGCCGCCUACCAGCAGGGCCAGAACCAGGUCUACAACGAGCUCAAUCUGGGACGAAGGGAGGAGUAUGCCGUUUUGGAUAAGAGAGGGGGCCUGGACCCUGAAAUGGGAGGGAAACCGCAGAGGAGGAAGAACCCCCAGGACAUCGUGUACAAUGAGCUGCGAAAAGACAAGAUGGCGGAGGCCUACAGCGAGAUCGGGAUGAAAAGCGAGAACCAGCGGCGAAGAGGCAAGGGGCAGGACGGCCUUUACCAGGGGCUCAGUGCGGCCACCAAAGACACCUAUGAUGCUCUCCACAUGCAGACCCUGCACCCUCGCUAACAGCUCAGGCCAGACCUGCAGACGCCCGGAUUGUUCAAGCCACAGGAUAAAGCAUUUACAACCCAGUUCACCCAUACUUCUCCACCAAAGUAUUCCUCUUUAUAAAUGGGAGGCUUCAAGUUGUAACAUUUGGUCAUACCCAAUCCCAAACUGUCACACAGAAUUUCAUCCCUGGACACCAGGAGGGAGGGAGUCCACCAGGCCCUGUCUUGGAGGAGGCCACUGUGAGCACAGCAUGUUCUGGGGUCUGGUUUCCUGGAGACCAUGGGCAGGCCCCGCUCCCAGCGGCUCCGGGCUCUUACCUGGAAGACGGGUUCCCUCCUUCUCAUACCCAGUCCAGCUAGGCUGUGUUUUGUAAAGUCCCCAGAGUAACCCCAGAUGUCAGCGAAUGUCCUAAUGGUCUGUAUUGCUCUGUCAGUAUUUGAGUGGCUUCGCUCCUGCUGUAAAUUUGGCUUCUGUUGUCAGCCAGGGUAACUGAUGGUUGGGCCAGGGAGGCUGUAGUGCCUUCCUGUGGAGGGUGAAGGGUCAGGGCAGAGGGGAAGGUGGGCGUGUGUAGCAGCCGGAGGUGACUGAAGUGAGGAGGCAGUGGGGGGUGAGGGAUGGGAGCAGAAGAGCCAGAGGCCUUGGGGUGGGGUGGGAAGGGGCCCUCCUUCAAGCAAGCAUAUAUUCCCCCUUGGAGAACUUGUGUGCAGGCCCUGUGGGGACCGAAACAAGCCCAUUCUUGCCCUCCGGGAGCCCACAUUCUCCCAGGGAAGCCAGCUACGGGGAGACAUGUGAAAGAACACAGCGGUGUCAUCAGAGUAUGAACACAGCGGGGGCGCGAGAAAAGCAAGACCACAUUCUUUCCAGGUACUUGCUCAGCUCACCGAGUGAAGGACAAACCUGUCAAGGGAAAGGCCUCGCAGGAAGACUCGGUACCACUCAGACCUAGAAGGAUCCCCGAAGACAGUGGCAGGGCGGGAAAAACCUCAGCUGACUUCCUGGGACAGUGCUGUGUAACAGAAGGGCACGUGGCCAUGGAUGGAGAACCCUCUCUGCCUGGCUCGGUUUUAAUUUAUACGUGUUUGCUAGCGCCUUACUCUUCUGCGUAAUAAAUGCUUCAGUGAAAAUGCCA